AUGUCAUUUACUUCUCCUCGAUCAUCCAAUAACUCUAAUAUAAAUCAUAUCGGACAUACAAUUUCUUCAACUCCACAUAAUAUCAACAAUAACAGUGGUAUUGGUAUUGGUACUGGUUAUAUGUCCCAUACAGACUUUUUUCCAUCAUUUAUUGAUGAUAUUACAUCUCCCACAUCGUAUAAAAAAUCAUCAUCCGCUUCGUCGUCCAAUGUUGAUCAAUCAUCAGCUUCGGCGACAGCUGCCAUGAUUCAUCAUCCCUAUUUUUCGUCAUCCGUUUAUCCAUCAUUAUCAGCCAGUUAUUCGGAUGCUGCAUCCUCUUAUUUAUCAUCAAGAUACAGUUCGACAGCCGGUGAUUAUUUACAACCUUAUCGAACGGCAACAGGAUCAUCGCCAACAAAUUCGUGGUAUAAUAGUCCUCACUGUACAGAUCCAAGAUUUGCAAGUAGGGAAAAUUUGUCAAGAUUUUUAACACAAACUCCGUCACAAUAUGAUAUGAUGUCAUCGUAUCAAAAUUCAAACGGUGAUCCAUUAAAAUCUCCCUAUCAUCCAUUUGCAUUCGCACCAAAACGUAAAAGACGUGUUCUAUUUUCACAAGCUCAAGUCUACGAGUUAGAAAGACGUUUUGCAAAAAAUCGAUAUUUGAAUGCACAAGAUCGAGAUCAAUUGGCACAAAUACUUGGUUUAAGUUCAACACAGGUAAAAAUAUGGUUUCAAAAUCAUCGUUAUAAAACAAAAAAGUUGUCAAAAGAAAAAGGAGGUAGUGGUGAUGAACAUUCAACACAUGUUAGUUCGUCCAAGAGCAGUACACAUUCAUCAAGUUCCAUUGAUCCAUCAUUGCUAAAACAUGAACCACGUUAA